AUGGGGUCGUUCAAGGGGCACCUUCUGCCGGGAACGCUGUUCCUGGCCGUGGGCGCCUGGAACGUGUGGGCGGCCGUGGCGCGCUUCGCCUUCGACCCGGCCGGGUUCCGCCUCCUCGUCUGGAACCUCGUGGGCGGCGGCAGCAGCGGGGCGCUGCGGCACCUCGAGCUCUACGUGAUCGCCGGAGGCGCCUUCCUGGAUAUGUGCGUGGAGGUGCUUUACUCUACUCAUCUCCACAUAUUUGCACCCGGCGGCGGAGUCAACCCGGCACACCUCAACGACCUCGAGCAUGGCGGCAUGCUGCUCAUGUUCUUCCUCUUCGGUGCCCUCGCUCUCCUCUCUGAAAAGACGAGCAGACCUUUCAUUUGUGGAGGUAGAUCCUCUUCCUGCGCAGUGCUGGCAACGGCCUUCACUGCAGAGCUGCUGCUCUUCUACUUCCACUCAACCACCCACCAGGGGCUGGAGGGAUACUACCACUACCUCCUAGUUCUGCUGAUUGGGCUCUGCGUCGCCUCCACCGUCCUCGGUGCGCUCCUCCCGGUGAGCUUCCCUGUCGACCUUGCUAGUGGCGUGCUGAUGACCCUGCAGGGCAUGUGGUUCUACCAGAUGGCGUUCACGCUCUAUGGGCCGAUGCGCCCCGCGGGGUGCCACCACGAUGCUGGCAGGAACAUAGAGUGCCAUGGGCAAGCGGCCGGGGAGCGCGCGGAGCAGCUCGCCAACUUCCAGCUCUUCGCGUGUGUCUUCCUUGUGUUCGCCUACACCUAG